AGGGAAUUAACUCUUUAACUGCCCGUACCUUACAUGAUGUAAUGAUGUGGAAUACCGACAACAAAAAAUCACAAAACCAUAACAGGGGUUCUACAGGUACAUUGAUCGGAAGAAACAGGGCAAAGAGGGAGUGCCACCUCUGAUAAAUGAAAAGGGAGAACUGGCCACAGUAGACAUGGAGAAGUCUGAGAUACUCAGCAAGUUCUUUGCCUCAGUCUUCACCAGCACCCAGGCUUCCCACACCUCUUGUGUCACUGAACCUCUAGGCAGGCGUCAGGAGAGCAAUAUCCCUCCCACUGUAAGAAAAGAGCAAGUCAAAGGCAUCUUCGUGAGACUGAAUUUAUAUAAGUUUGUGGGGCUGGAUGACAUGCAUCCUGUGAUCCUGAAUGAACUGGCUAAGCCACACUCCAUCAUAUUUAAAAAGUCAUGGCUAUCAAGUGAAUUCCCUGGUGACUGGAAAUAGGGAAGCAUCAAUCCCAUUAAGAAAGGGAGAAAGGAAGACCUGGAGAACUAUAGGCUGGUGAACCUCACCUCAGUGCCUUGGAAGAUCAUGAAGCAAAUCCUUCUGGAAUCUACGUUAAGUUAAGGAGGUGAUCUGAGACAGUCAGCACAACUUCAUCAAGGGCAGAUCUCAUGCCUGACCAAUCUGGUGGCCUUCUGUGAUGCAGUGAAGGCAAAGGAGGGCAACUGAUGUCAUCUACCUGGACUUCUGCAAGGCCAUUGACAUGGUCCUGUACCACAUGCUUGUUUCUAAAUUGGAGAGAUGUGGAUUUGAAGGCUGGAUUAUUCAAUAGUUAAAGAAUUGGUCUGAUGAUUACAGAUAGAGGGUUGUGGUCAGUGGCUAUAUAAGUCCAGGUGGUGGCUGGUGACAAGCGAUGACUCCCAGGGAUCCAUCUUGGGACCAGUGCUUUUCAACAUCUUAAUCCAUGAUAUAGACAGUAGGGUUGAGUGCAUCCCCAGCAAGUUUGCUGAUGACACUAACCUGAGUGGUGAAGCUGACAAAACAGAUGUAAGGAGUGCCAUCAAAUGGGACCUCAACAGGCUUGAAAAAUGGGCCUGUGAGAACCUGAGAAGUUUAACAAGGCCAAGUGCAAGGUGUUGCUCUUGGUUUUGAGCAAUCCCAGAUACGUAUACAGACUGGGAGAACUACUUGAGAAUAGCCCUGCAGAGGAGGACUUGGAGGGGGGGGAUGACAAGCUUGACAUGAGCCAGAAGUGUGCACUUACAGCCCAGAAGGCCAGCUGCAUCCUGGGCUGCAUGAAAAGAGGAGUGCCCAGCAGGGCAAGGGAAGCAGUUGUGCCCUUGUACUCUGCACUUGUGAAGCCUCAUCAGGGGUACUGCAUCCAGGCCUGGGGGCCCCAGUACAAGAGCUGCUGGAGCAGGUCCAGAGGAGGGCCACAAAGAUAAUCAGAUCAGAUUAGAUAAUCAGAGAGCAGGACCAUCUCUCUUAUGAUGAAAAGUUGAGAGAAAUGGGCUUGUUUAACGUGGAGAAGAGAAGGCUCUUGGGAGAUCUCAUUGCAACCUUUUAGUACCUGAGGGGAGUUUAUAAACAGGAGGGAGACCAACUUUUUACCCUUCUUAAAAAUUAAAGUGAUGUUUGCCUUUUCCUAGUCACCAGAGACUUCACCUGAGAGCUAUGACUUUUCAAAUAUAAUAGAGUCAGGAACUUUGUUCAGGACCCUGGGAUGCAUGUCAUCAGACCCCAUAGACUUGUAGAUGGUCAUUUUAAACAGGUGGUCUCAAACCUGCUCUUCUCUUAGAAUGGGAGGAAUUUUACUCCCCCAACCCACACCUGGAGGUACUGGGACUUGAGAGACAUGGGAAGGCUGACUACCAGUGAAGACUGAUGCAAAGAACUUGAGUAUCUCAGUCUUCUCCAUGUCUGUUGUUGCCAAAUUCCCCCAAACAAUUUAUUUCUCCUUCGCUUUCCUAACUUCAUCGGCUCCUAAAUUCAGUUCUUGUUUGUUCUUUCACACUGAAUCCAGAUACUGUCUUGAGACAAAGCAGCAGAGAACAGUGUUUAUGGCAAAUCCAGUACAUUUUUUCUACUUCAUAAGUUUGAAUGCUUGGCUUUAGAGGGGGAUCUGGAAAACAGCUGGGCCCUUAACCUGGAGCAGGCCAGCAGGAAUUGUCAUUAAACUUAAUUUUUAGAGAGGUGACAAUUCUGAGACACUAAUUCUUGCCCUCAUUAAAACAGUGCUCUAGAAAAUAUUUUUUAAAUUAAGGUUAUUUUGGCAACAGAAUAGCAGUGUUCCACAGAAUGGGAAUCCCCAAAAUGAAACUCUUAGCAUUUUGAUUUUCAUUGGUUCAAAGUCCCUGUUAUACCAACUGACUUGAGUAUUCUGCUGAAAAGCAGGAAAAUAUUGAGAAAUCCAAUGUAUAGUACCACCCCAUAUGUUAGAGUGGAGUAGGUUGUCUGAGAGUAACAUCUGUGUGUGUGUGUUUGUCCGUGCAUGUGUGCAUUUCCCCGUUUUCUUAGGAAAUGCAGCUGUCAUGUGAACUGUAAGCCAGUCCCAUGUUACAUCCAGAAUCUGUAUGCAUGCGUGUGUGAGAGAAAAGAUUGGCCUCUCCACUUCCUGGGUCUCUCAGCCCCAAAGCAGACAAGAUUGUACACAGGAGUCCAAAAAAGGGCACUCUCCAGGAGCUUUGCUUAUGUAUCCUCUACCGGUGCGAACUGGACACGAGGACACACAGAGUACUUGGAACAAAAGGCAGGCAGAAUGCCCUUCUCCCCGGAGCCAUACUCUUAAGCUGAUCUCGAAGAACCCGUAAACCCCACGCACUGCCGCAACCACCUUCCCCGCCCCCAGCUCCGUGUCCGAAACCUGGAUUUGGCGAGUAGCAACGCUCCCUGCCGCGUGGUGCCGCUGGUAAUUCAUGGCGCGGGGCGGGCCAGGGGCCGCUGCGCUUUAUAGGCAGGUCCGGACGGCAUGCGAGGACAGAUGGGUGCAGGGUCGCGAAGAGGAGAUGGCAUAAGGAAUAGAAAGGGAACCUUACUUUCAUUUUUUUUUCCUCAUCUAUUUUUCUCCCCUCAUGCCUGCUCUUCUGCCUUCCUUCUUUUUUCAAGCAUUUUUGGACCAAGUUCUCUUCAGAUCGUCUGGACUUGCUUUUUAAAGGUUGUUUUUGGGGGUUUUGUUCGUUCAUUUUUCCGUUUUACAAGACUUUUUUUUUUUUUUUUUUCCGUGUAUGUAUGGCAAAAAAAAAGCUAGCGUCAAGCCAAGUGGUUGAGGCGCUCUGCAGGGGGGCGGGGGGGGGAAGGAAGGAAAAGUUGCCUUUGUUGCCAACAAGUUAUUUUAUUACUAAAGGCCGGCGGCUGAAGAAAGAACGGGUCGGUGCGCGCGUGCCUGGAGCACAGCCUUCCAGCCUCGCUGCCUCACCGUGUCGCUCGGGCUACGGGAGGCCGGGGCCUUGCCGCCCCGCAGUUCUUCCGAGGCGGCGCGGGCUGUGAGCGCACCACCGCGCCCCUCGACUCUCCAAGGCGGUAGGGCCCGCCUUCGGUCGCCGCGGCGCUCCGGACGAGGAGGGGCGGCCCGGAGGUCCUCGAGCCCCAGUCUGGGCCGAGCGGCUCUCGCCGCCGCUCUCCCCUUCUGCCGGAGCUGCACGGGGGCGCCUUCCGGCGGUCCCCUCCGCCGGUUGCUAUGGUGUCGCGGCCCGGCGUGCUGUGGGCAGUGGCGGCAGCGGCGUUGGCGCUGGUGGGCCGGCGGGCGCUGCCGGCGCCGGUGGUCCGCUGCGAGCCCUGCGACGCGCGGGCGCUGCAGCAGUGCAAGCCGCUGCAGCCCGACUGCGCCGAGCGGGUGCGGGAGCCAGGAUGCGGCUGCUGCCUCACCUGUGCUCUGCGCCUGGGGCAGCCCUGCGGUAUCUACACCGAGCGCUGCGGCGCCGGCCUCAACUGCCAGCCGCGGCAAGAGGAGGCGCGGCCGCUGCAGGCUCUGCUGGAGGGCCGCGGUGUCUGCACCAACGCCACGGCAGGCGACAAGCUGCGGGCCUUCCUUCUGCCGGGACCGCACGCUGCAGGAAAUUCCAGUGAUUCAGAAGAAGAGAAGAGUACCAGUAGCUUAGAAAAUCAGCCCAUCCAGAACUUGCACAGGGUGCCAGAUUCAAAUUUGCCUCCACAGCACAUCAGAAUAGAUGUCAUCAGGAAAGAGCAAGCCAAAAAUACACAGCGCUAUAAAGUGGAAUAUGAUUCACAGAGUACAGAUACACUGAAUUUCUCUUCAGAAUCCAAGCAAGAAACUGAGUAUGGUCCUUGUCGUAGAGAAAUGGAAGACACUUUAAAUCACCUAAAGAUCCUGAAUGUCUUGAGUCCUAGGGGUUUCCAUAUUCCAAAUUGUGACAAGAAGGGAUUCUACAAGAAAAAGCAAUGCCGUCCAUCCAAAGGCCGAAAAAGAGGUUAUUGCUGGUGUGUGGAUAAAUAUGGACAGCCGCUUCCUGGAUAUGAUGGCAAGGGAAAAGGAGAUGUCCACUGCUAUAACUUGGAAAGCAAGUGAGGGCUGAACGCCAGCUCUUCUGGCAUCUGUGUGUGGCAGCUGGACCUAGCAGAGACCUUGGAGGGAAGUACUGCAUUUUGCAAGGUGUUAUGAUCUCUGCUUCCUGUCUGUCUCCUGUGGUGGCUGGGGGGAUCCAGGCCUGUAUAGGUUCUGCAGCUAUACCUGGCCACUGACAUGUGUUGAGCUUUCUAUAGAACGUGUAGGGAGCUCUGAAUUCCCAUGAAAACCUGCACUAUUGACACCAAGAGAGAAAGAAAAACACAAGGCACUUCAGAAUGGAUUGAGGGAGUCUCCACUGCCAUUUUAAAAAACUGCUUGUGGCCAAUUUGAUUCUGAAAGAUUGUGGUUUUAAUUUGAAAGAAUUUAUAGAUUGUAAAUUUGUAAAAUUAAUAAAGCAUCAACAACAAAAAGUAACACUCAAGGAUUUAAAGGCUAAGGGUUUUUCUACAGGUCUGACGGGAAACUUAUCUUCACGGGUAAAAUGUUUUAUAAAAAUCUCAAAGAAGUUUUUAAGAAACAUAUUUCUAAAAUAAGGACAUGACUAUUUUUUUCUGUAAAGUAUAUUGUGAAUAUUCUGUUAGUCUGUAUUUAAUAUAAUUGUUUUAAAGUAAACUUAUUUAAAUGUAACAUGUGAAUACCAAACUACACAAUAAUUCUAGUGUAUACUUCUGUAUGCAAAGAGAAAGUAAGAAUAUGGGAUGAUUUACAAAUGUGUAUAGUUCCAGGUGCAUGAACACUGACCUAUUCUAGAUAUUAGAAAUGAAUUUGUGGAGUGAAGGAAGUGUUUCCAGAAUUGAUUGUUUCAUUAUAUGAAGUAGGUACAAAUACCGUGAAAAUCUUUUAAAUUUUUUAAAUUAUUUUAUUGAUGUUUCUAAUGUACCCAUCACUGAAUUAUGCCACUGGAAAAAAUUGUUCAGUUGCACUGAAGCUUUCUGUAAAGCAUUCUUCAUCCGUCCUUAGCUUCAGUUAGUGCAACAGGGCUUAUGUUUUGUCUUUUUCCUUCAAAUCUCUUCAUGCUAGUAUGGAUUUAUGCAUGGAUCCAUGCAUUUAUGGACAAAAAAAACCUGCCAUUACAGUACCAGUCUUUCUGUUUGCUGAUUUAUUUUUAAAAGCUGUGUCCAUUCUACGUUGUCUUAAUAUACUCUAUCAAAGCACACAUUUGCUAUGAGGAGCUUAAGUUUAAAACAGUGCGAAUGAGGAGAUUGUGUACUUGGCUGUUGAAAACUGUGUGUUUUGUUUGUACUACAUGCAGUAGUUUCUUCCUUUGACUUUGGUAGAAAUUAUUUGCCUGUAUUUAAGCACAGAGUAAGAACCACAGUUUAAACAUCCAAACCACCUGCCGUGACAUUAUAUGUCCUUUUAAUUGGAAGAUAGGUGUUUUGGUUUUAUUCUAAUAGGUGAUGUUUUUAUAUAAAGAAGUCUUUGGCAGUUUUGCUUUUGUUUUGUUUUGGCUGAUGGUUUAUUGAACUUCAUGGGGAAAAAAAAAAGUAUGAAUGAAAUAUGGAGAAGGAAAGGUGGCCUGUGAAAUGUACCAGCUCUCUGGAAAGUAAUGCCAUACUUUGUAUAUGUAUUUAUUUAUAUAUUUUAUAUAAAUAUCCUAUAUAUUUAUAUAAAUAUAUAAUAUAUUCUUCUAUAUGUCACUAUAAAUGUUUGAUGUCAAUGUAAUUUAAAAAAAUAAUAAAAAAAACCCAACAUAUCAUCAUUGUAAUUUCUUGUUGGGUUGGGAAUAUGAUGGAGAAUGAGAGCAAUACUGUCAUGUGCCUUUCCAACCACUGCAGCCAGUGGUUGUGCUGAUGGAUCGGAGACUGUGAGGUGAAAGAGCCUGUUCCACUCCCACCCUGUGAGUUACAGCCAUCCUUGUUUCCUGCCAGCAUUGGCAAAUGUAUUGAAAAUCUGAUGUGGAAAGAUUUGGAUACUCAGCUUGCAGGAUCAAGAGGGCAGUCACUUUAAAUCAGAUGUUUAAAACAUUACCCUGAAAUGUAUUAGCUGAACAACCCUGUUUGAAUUCUUUGCUUAUUCCUAAUUUAUAUCUAAUGAAAUGAGUUCUCAUCAUCAUUAAAACUGAAAUUUUAAACUUAACAGUAAGAAAUAGAGGGCAUGUGAAGUUAUACUUAGUCCAGACUGAUACAGACUUCUUGGCAGAUGGUUACAGAGAGCUUUGUGAGUUGAAGGUGUAUUGCAAUGGUUUUAAUGCUACUGCAAAUGUAAUGCCUGCAUAGAUUUGUUGGAUAAACAAAAAAAUAAAUGCUGGGCUUUUUUUCUUUUUUUUUUUUUUUCCUGAGUUGUAAACCAUUUCAUUUCGAAUACAUACACAUGGAGACUAAAGUUAUAUUUAGCAACAUUUGGUCAUGUAAUGUACAAUAAUAAGGGUUGGAUUCAUAAAAAUGAAUUAUUAGUAUUUCCAUUUUUUACCAUCUCUAUCUCAUGAACCCUCUCAGAAGGGAAAACAACCUCUCACCAAAAAAGGUGGACAGCUGCCUUCCAAACCACAUUUUGUGAAAUGAAGAAAUGUUUUAAUAGCCUGGGACAACUUUUCUGAUUGCUGUUUUUCUUUAAGUUUUCAGCUCUUUCUGUUUUGCCCCAUCAUUAAAAAUAAAAACGUGUUGGCUGGUAUGGGUCCUUAAUUAGUACAAACUUAUUUAGCCAUAGAAAAGUAAAAAAGGUUGUGUAGCUGUACAAACCAGUUUGACUACUUUGUAUCCAAUAAAUAUCUUUAAAGCAAAUUGUCUAAAAAUAGCGAAUAUUUCUUACCUGUGAUUUAAAGCUACACCUUAUUCAGAAAUUACUUGUAAGUAUUCCUUAGGAGCACAAUUGCUUGCACUAGUAUUGGAUACUUACUGUUUUGUGCAUGUUCCUGGCAGCUGGCAUUCUUGGUAUUGAAUAAAAAAUAAAGUUACUUCCUCCUGCAGAAUAAA